AUGCAAAAAAUAUAUAUACACACAUACAUAAAAAAAACAUUAUUGGCUCGGUUGGUUCUCUUGGAUAAUAUCAUCUCAGUAAUGAUAAGCUAUUCCUUCUUCUUGAGAUCAGUGUUGUUGCUUCUUCUCAAUAUUUCGGGUUUGUUUGUGCAAAUCCAUGGCUUUAGUUUUGGAAUCAACUAUGGACAACUAGCCAGCAAUCUACCUUCUCAUUCUGAUGUGGCAGUUUUUGUAAAAUCUAUGAACGUUAAUAAGAUCAAACUAUAUGAUGCUGAUCCAGAUGUUCUACUUGCAUUCUCCAACUCAAACGUGGAAUUCAUUAUAGGGCUUGGAAAUGAGUAUCUGCAAAACAUGACAAACCCUGCUCAAGCUCAAACAUGGAUUCAACAACAUGUUCAACCUUACCUUUCACAAACCAAAAUCACUUGCAUUAGUGUAGGCAAUGAGGUCUUCAAUAGCAAUGAUAAUCAACAAAUGUCAAACCUUCUACCAGCUAUGCAAACUUUGCACAAGGCCCUUGUUAAUUUAGGACUAGACCAACAAGUAAAUGUCACAACCCCUCAUUCUUUUAACAUAUUAGCCAAUUCAUACCCUCCUUCAUCAGGUUCUUUUAGGCAAGAUUUGAUACAAUAUAUCCAACCCCUUCUUGACUUCCAUGCUGAAUUCAACUCACCCUUCUUCAUUAAUGUAUACCCUUUUUUUGCAUACAAAAACAACCCAAAUGAGAUCAAUUUAGAUUAUACACUCUUUCAGCCAAAUUCAGGUUUGGUUGAUCCAAAUACCACUUUGCAUUAUGAUAAUAUGUUUUAUGCUCAAAUAGAUGCUGUCUAUGCUGCCAUCAAAGCCUUGGGACAUACCAAUAUUGAAGUCAAGGUUUCUGAGACAGGUUGGCCUUCUAAUGGUGACCCUGAUGAGGCUGGAGCUACACUACAAAAUGCUGCAUUGUAUAAUGGUAACUUGCUCAAAAGGAUAGAGCAGAAGGAAGGAACUCCUUCAAAUCCAUCAGUUCCAAUUGAUGUACAUGUCUUUGCACUUUUUAAUGAGAAUUUAAAGUUUGGUCCCACAUCAGAGAGAAACUAUGGCCUUUUCUAUCCCAAUGGAACUCCAGUUUAUAACAUUGGAUUACAGGGUUUUCUUCCACAAUCCAAAUCUUAUGCUUUGUCUGUCAAUUUUCUUCUCAGUAUAAUUACAUGCUUGAUCUUUGCUUGGGAGUUUUCAAGAUCUUGA